AUGGCUCAAUUAUUUCCACAGAGGUUUCUCUCCCUCCCCCUCCUCUUUCUCCUCCCCACUAUUGUUUCCUCUGUACUGGGACAACAGAUUUAUGACACCCGCUUCGAGGGUGUCACUUGGGAUAACGAGAAUUGGAUCCUCAAGACCACAACUCUUGACCAAGGGCAUUACCAGUCGCGUAUGUCUCUUGCCAAUGGCUACCUCGGGAUCAAUGUAGCUGCAGUGGGGCCUUUCUUCGAGGUCGAUACUCCAGUCGAUGGCGACCUGAUCUCAGGCUGGCCCCUCUUCAACCGCAGACAGACCUUUGCCACCAUCAGCGGGUUUUGGGAUUCCCAGCCCACGACCAAUGGGAGCAACUUCCCAUGGCUGUAUCAAUAUGGCGGGGAGAGCGUCAUAUCUGGAGUCCCUCACUGGGCUGGACUGACAGUAGAGGCAAGCAAUGGCCUGAUCCUAAACGCCUCGGUUGAUGCCUCCCAGAUUUCCAACUUUAGCUCAGCCAUGAACUUCAAGUCCGGUGUACUGUCGUGGGACUAUACCUGGACGCCUGGUGGUGACAGUCCCUCCUUGGCAGUCUCGUAUACAAUGUUUGUGUCCAAGCUCGACGUCAACAAGGCCGCAGUGCAGCUGAGCCUGACAGCUUCCGACAACACCAAUGUCACGGUAACGGACGUCUUGGAGGGAGACUGCGCGGUUCGGACCGAUUUUGUGGACAAGGGAUCUAACGCUGAUAACGCAACCAUCUGGUCGGCUGUUCGUCCCAAUGGCAUUGCAAAUGUGACGGCAUACAUAUACUCGACUCUAUUGGCGGGAAACACAUCGACAACUCAACUAGUUGAGGACAGCUCGCUCAUUGGGGCUAACCAGUCUUCCAUCGCGCAGGCUGUGCAGGUCAACGUGGCCGCUGGUAGUCCCACAAUAUUGACCAAAUAUAUCGGAGGAGCGUCAACAGACGCCUUUGCGGAUCCUCAAACUGUAGCUCGAGACGCCUCGGCCGCAGCUGCAGCCGCAGGGUUCGACAGUCUCCUUCAGAGUCACACCGCCGAAUGGGCCAGCAUCCUGACCCAAGACUCAGUCGACGACUAUUCGUUCGAGAAUGGCACUCUGCCGAGUGACCCAUACAUCGUCGAGCUGCAGAUCACAUCUGUCACCAAUCCCUACCAGCUGCUCCAAAACACCGUUGGCAGUAAUGCCAUAGCUGCAGCCGGCAACAAUUCCAUGCUCAAUGUCAACAGUAUCUCAGUAGGUGGUCUGGGUUCCGAUAGCUAUGCCGGCCUCAUCUUCUGGGAUGCAGAUAUCUGGCAAUCGUCAGGACUUGUCGUCGCAUUCCCUCAGGCUGCCAGCGCAGGCGCCAAUUACCGAGCCCGCCUCUUUCCCCAAGCGCAGCAGAACAUCGACAUGGCGUUCUCGUCUUCCCAGAACGAGUCUGGAAAGUUCUCAGGAGCCGCAGCCGUGUUCCCAUGGACAUCGGGACGCUUUGGAAACUGCACUGGAACAGGACCCUGUUUUGAUUACGAGUACCAUAUCAACGGCGACAUUGGGCUCGAGCUAUAUAAUUACUACGUCGUCACUGGAGACGCUGAAACCUUCCAAGCGGAUUAUUUCCCCGUAUACGAUGCUAUCGCCACAUUCUACUCGGAGCUCAUUACCCUAAACGAAUCUACAGGAUUGUAUAGCCUAACGAACGCCACUGAUCCGGAUGAGUACGCAAACAACGUGGACAACCCGGGCUAUACAAUGGCACUGAUCAAGACACAUCUCGAAACUACCAACACCUUCCGCGAACUCUUUGGCAUGCAGGAGAACAGUCUCGCAGCGAAUAGGUCCACUGAUCUCGACAUACCCGUGAACGACGAAGCCAAUCUCAUCCUAGAGUAUACCACAAUGAAUGGCUCCAUUUCCGUUAAACAAGCCGAUAUUGUCCUCAUCGAUGACUUCCUGAACUAUCCGAACGAGUACUCGCUCUCUGAUCUAGAUUAUUACGCCGGCAAGCAAUCCGAAAACGGCCCCGGCAUGACCUACGGCGUGUUCAGCAUCGUGGCAAACGCGUAUUCGCCCUCGGGCUGUUCCGCAUACACCUACGACAUCUACUCAUCCUACCCAUACGUCCGCGCCCCUUGGUUUCAGUACUCGGAGCAGCUGAUCGACGACUACACCCUCAACGGCGGAACGCACCCUGCCUACCCGUUCCUGACAGGCAUGGGCGGUGCCAACCGCGUCGCCAUCUUCGGCUACCUCGGCCUCCGCCUGCGCCUCGAUGCCAUCAACGUCGACCCGUCUCUGCCCCCGCAGAUCCCACGUCUCGAGUACCGCACCUUCUACUGGCAGGGCCACCCCGUCAACGCGACCUCGAACGCCACGCACACGACCAUGCAGCGCAUCCCCGGCAGGGCCCUCCCCAGCGCCAACGCGGCCUACCUCAACGCCUCGAUCCCCGUCACCAUCGGGAGCAACUCGACCGCCGCGGCCUACCAGCUCGAUGCAUCCGGCGAGGCUAUCGUCAUCACCAACCGUGACAUCGGCUCCGUCAAGACCUGGCCGGGCAACAUCGCGCAGUGUCUCCCCGUGGCCAGCGAGGACGACUUUGAACCGGGCCAGUUCCCCUUCGCCGCCAACGACGGGGCCGUCUCCACCAAGUGGCAGCCAACACAGGCCAACAUCACGAGCAGUGUGACGGUGGACCUGGGAGCCGAGGCACAGGGACAGCUUGUUGCUGGCUUCAGGUUCGACUGGGCACAGGCGCCGCCCCGCGGGUACAGUGUCGCCUUCUCGAAUACUACGGCAGGAGAACAGGGACAGGGUGUUGUCAACGCCACCAGCAGCGACAGUGUUGAGGUGAGCGACCCAUACGAUGCCGCGACGGCGGGCCUGAUACAGCCGUAUGCGAGCAACACCACGAAUGUCACUCUGAGCACACCCGUGUAUGCUGGUCGCUACGCCACGCUGUCCAUCUGGGGCAACCAGGCCUCAGGGAACGAUGGUGUGGGCGCGUCAGUUGCGGAGUUUGCAGUUAUUGUUUGGUCAAACAACACAGGUAAUGACACCUCCAGUGGCAGUGGGAGCGGAAGCGGGAGUCAGACAAGUGAGGGCUCGAGAUUCAGUGCUGGCUCUCAAGGGGUUCUUGUGACUGUUGUUGCUAUUGUUAUGUCGCUGCUGUAG